AUGAGAUGGGAUGGGAUGGAUGCAGCAUGCAGUAAAGUGCAGGAAGGAGGUGUGGGUGGUAGCGGCCCACCUGCAAGGCACUCCCAGAAGCCCCGAAAACACCGGCUUGAUAUGUAUCGCUUCGUUUUGUUCUUGAAGAAGAGCUCCAGCAUGUUCCUGGUCGCAAACACGUUAAUGGAAUAUGGCCAUGAAACGCGCUGCGAAGAGGCGCGGUGA